GUUGCUGCAGUUUGAUCCAUCACCUCCGUUUGCUGGAUGCCUGAAAAUUGGUCGCGAAUUAAUCAAGUUUGUUAGCAUUACUACUGGUUGAUCAUCACGGAUUAAAAUAACUACGACUAGUUCAUCCGUCUAACUAGUGACUAUCAAAGCCUAAUGCCUAUGCAGGCCAGUUCUUGACUUCCAUCAGUUUAAGUCGUCUCUCGCCGGUCGGAAGCGUGGGACCCGGGCCGGCAACAGGGCGAGGCUACCCGACGCAUACGUCCCUCUCACGAACCUUACCCGUCCAUCCGGUCAAGAAAGCGCAUCGGAGCCGUCCGAUCCGUUCCACGCGGCAUUCCACAGCCUCCAGCCCUUAUUAAAUAGCUCCGCCCCCACCCACCCUGAGGUCCCUCGCAGCACGGAAGCCUCCUCCGUUCGAGCCGCCACCGAGCUGACGGCCAUGGCGUCAACGCCGGGCGCGCCGGGGAAGCCUCUUCUCGUCCUCAUCUCCCUCGUCACGCUGCUCCUCGUCUUCGUCCCCGCCGCGGAGGGCUACGACGGCCGCCAUGCCGUCGCGCACUCGGCCGUGGCGCGGCGCUCCCGCCUAGGGAUGACCCGGCACGUGCACCAACGCCGGACCCAGACGCCACACCGGUACAUCCUCGCGGAGAAGACCAACACGACCGGCGCCGGCUCCAGGAACCGCAGCGCGCCGGCGACUCCCAGCGCCACCUCGCCGACGCCGGCGCCUUCGGGCGAGCCGAGCAAGCACCACCGCAGCCACAAGCACCGCGUCCGCAACUGGAUCAUCGGAUUCGUGGUGGGCUCCCUCGCCGGCGUCAUCUCGGGGCUGGUCCUGUCCGUGCUGUUCCGUCUCGCGCUAAACUGCAUCCGCGGGCGGUACAGGACGCGCUCCGGCACGGUGAUCUUCACCCCGAAGCUGAUCAGGCGCGCCGAGCACCUGGCGUUCCUGGAGAAGGACGACGGGCUGGCGUCGCUGGCCGUGAUCGGGCGCGGCGGGUGCGGUGAGGUCUACAAGGCUCAGCUCCCCGUGGUGCGGGAGGGGGAGGAGCCCCGGUUCGUCGCCAUCAAGAAGAUCAAGAAGCACGGCGGCGACACGCCAAACAACCUGAGCGACGAGGAGAGCCGGCAGCUGGACAAGUGGUCGCGGCAGAUCCAGUCGGAGAUAAGGACGGUGGGCCACAUCCGGCACCGCAACCUCCUGCCGCUGGCGGCGCACGUGCCCCGCCCCGACUGCCACUACCUGGUGUACGAGUACAUGAAGAACGGCAGCCUGCACCACGCGCUCAAGGGCGACACCACCGCCGCCGCCGCCGGGGACGACGGCACCACCAGCAGCAGCGUCGGCGCCGCGGGGCUGUCGUGGCCGGCGCGUCUCCGCGUGGCGGUGGGCGUCGCCGAGGGCCUCGAGUACCUCCACGUCUCGCACCGGCCGCAGAUCAUCCACCGCGACCUGAAGCCGGCCAACAUCCUUCUCGACGACGACCUGGAGCCGCGCAUCGCCGACUUCGGGCUCGCCAAGGCGAUGCCCGAAGCGCACACGCACGUGACGGCGUCCAACCUCGCCGGCACGUGGGGGUACAUCGCGCCGGAGUACCACCAGACGCUCAAGUUCACGGCUAAGUGCGACGUGUACAGCUUCGGGGUGAUCCUGGCGGUGCUGGCGACGGGGAAGGAGCCGUCGGACGACUUCUUCAAGCAGACGGACGAGGUAGGGAUCGUCAAGUGGCUCCGCCGCGUGAUGCAGUCGGGCGACCACGCCGAGGCCAUCGACCCGGCCAUCGCCGGCGCCGGGCACGACGAGCAGAUCGUGCUGGUGCUGCGCAUCGCCGUCUUCUGCACCAGCGACCUCCCCAACGACCGGCCCACCGCCAAGGACGUCCGCUGCAUGCUGUCGCAGAUCAAGAAUUAGUCCAAAUUAGGACAAAAAAACUACGCAAUAAUUCAGUGUGUGCGUGGAAUAUUGAAAUACUGGGUCAAAGUCGUCGCGUCAACUUUCAGGUGGGGCCGGCAGACUAGGACCGGCCAUUUAAAGCAUGAUAGAUCAGGACAAACAAAGAAAAUACUGAAAGAGAAGUCAGCGCACGCGCAGGACUAAGACCGGGGUAUAUAUCGCUUUUCUUUCUCUUUUGUGAAAGCUCGCGGAAUUAGAGCUUUAGCAAUGGAUACACAUACUCCAGUAUCCUCACGUGGUUCCGUGUAUCGUUGCUUCAUAGAUUCCAAUCUAUAUAAUAUAGCACGAAAUUUAGUAA